AGUAUGGACUUAAAUGCUUCGCCUUCACCUGAAGAUGAUGAAGAGACGUAUGAAAGACAUAUAGGACACUACUCUGCACCAGAAGACCAUGUAGAGUCUGCAGUUGAAGAAAGACGGAAGAGAUUGAGAAGAGACCAACCAGAUGACCGGCCUGUGCAUGUCUCUCAGCCUCCUAUUCAGGGUCACUUUUAUCAAAACAGGAAUCCCAGGGUUUAUGAUAAACAUAGGAUCCCUCCUGGUUGGCUGGAUUGUCCUUCGGUUGGUCGGGAAAUAGGCUGCAUCAUUCCUUCUAAGGUUCCACUUGGUGAAUCUUACGAUUACUGUGUUCCUCCUGGUAAAAGAUACUCUUUCGAACAAGCGAUUCAUCAGCAAAGAGUUUUAGGAAGAACUCUUGGUUUGGUGAUUGAUUUGACAAACACAUCUCGUUACUAUCGAACUACAGACGUUAAGAGUGAAGGCAAUAUUGAGCAUGUAAAGAUUCCAUGCAGGGGAAGGGAUGCCGUACCGGAUAAUGUCUCUGUAAAUAUCUUUGUCUACAAGGUAUCAAAAUUCCUCCGAAGUCAGAAGUCAAAGAAAUAUAUUCUUGUCCAUUGUACGCAUGGGCAUAAUCGCACUGGAUACAUGAUUGUUCACUAUCUCAUGCGUUCACGAUCAAUGUCUGUUACUCAGGCAAUAAAAAUUUUUUCAGAGGCACGUCCUCCGGGUAUCUACAAACCGGACUAUAUUGAUGCCUUGUAUGCAUUUUAUCAUGAAAGAAGGCCUGAAAUGGUUGUCUGCCCGCCAACUCCUGAGUGGAAGAGAUCUUCUGAUAUUGAUCUCAACGGUGAAGCAGUUGCAGAUGAUGAUGAUGGUGGAGGUCCAACUGCAUUACAUGAGAAUCAGCAGACGGAUGUCGUGUUGACAAAUGAUGACAUUUUGGGAGAUGAAAUACCUCAUGACCAGCAGGAAUCACUGCGGUCAUUCUGCUACGAAAUGUUGGAGUUAAAUGUUGGGGUUAGAAGACAUUCGCAAUUUCCUGGUUCACAUCCAGUUUCGUUCAACAGCGACAGUUUGCAACUUUUAAGGCAACGCUAUUAUUAUACCACUUGGAAAGCGGAUGGAACAAGAUAUAUGAUGUUAAUAACUGUUGAUGGAUGUUACUUAAUUGAUAGGAGUUUUAAUUUCCGAAGGGUUCAGAUGAGGUUUCCGGGUCAACACCCACCUAAAGGUAUAGGGGACAGAACUCAUCAUUUCACAUUGCUUGAUGGGGAGAUGGUAAUAGAUACCAUGCCAGACUCUCAUAAGCAAGAGAGAAGAUACCUCAUCUAUGAUAUGAUGGCACUAAACCACGUUGGUUCUUUAAUACAGUGGCCUUUCUGUGAACGAUGGAAAAUGCUUGAAAUGGAAGUGAUUGAGCCUCGAAAUUAUGAACGCCAGAACAUUUACCAGAGCAGGAAUCCUUAUUACCGAUAUGACCUUGAACCCUUCAGAGUGCGGAGGAAGGACUUUUGGUUGCUCUCUGCUGUAAAUAAGGUUUUGAAGGAAUUUAUCCCCAGGCUCUCUCAUAAGGCAGAUGGUCUUAUUUUUCAGGGCUGGGACGAUCCUUAUGUACCUCGCACUCAUGAAGGUCUUCUGAAGUGGAAAUAUGCUCAGUUGAACUCUGUUGACUUUUUAUUUGAGAUUGGUAGUGAUAGUCGUGAACAACUUUUUCUCUACCAACAGGGGAGAAAGAAGUUGAUGGAAGGGAAUAGAGUUGAAUUCAGAUAUGUUUCAGAUCCUCCUUGUUCAUUCUCUGGGAAGAUUAUCGAGUGUUGUUGGGAUCCUGAUCAACAUGUGUGGAUCUAUAUGAGGAUCAGGACAGAUAAGUCGACUCCCAAUGAUUUCAACACUUUCAAGAAGGUUAAGCGAAGUAUGGAGGAUAAUAUCACAGAGGAAAUCUUGUUAAACGAGAUUAAGGAGAUCAUUCGCUUGCCCAUGUAUGCUGAUAGAAUAAAGAUUGACAGCAAGGCCCACCUGCAUACAAAUUCAGCACGACGCAAGUGAUGGAUAGCAUGCCUGGUUUGUUGUCCAGUUGAUUGAAGUAUUGGAUGCU